CACUAGGUGGACACGGCCAGCAUCAGUCGUUACUUGUAGAUACACAGGAUGUAGAGAUUGGAUGUGGGACGAAGAGCAAGAUCUAAUGGUAACGUUAAGACAGACGAUCUUCUGAGAAUCAUGGGUUCUCCGUCCAAAGGCAAACUACGUCACGUGGUGGGGGCGUCAACUAUUUACCCCGCAUAUAAAAGAGGAGAGAGCGUGACGGAAAAGGCGCUGACGGACAAAUCAGUUUGGCAGGCGGUACGAGAUGGCAGUACCAAAGAACUGGAUUGGCUAUUGACAGAACACCCGGAACUAAAGGGAGAAAGGGAUUUCCAUGGAAACACACUCCUCCUUAUAGCUGCCAAGUACAACCUCAUUCAGUCAGCACGCGUAUUGAUAUCACAUAACGUCAAUCUCAAUGAGAAAAAUCGAAAUGAUGGAAUCUCUCCUCUUCACGAAGCUUCCAAGUACAACUCUGUUGAUGUCGGUCAUCUGCUGAUAGAAUCAGGAAGUGACGUCAUGAUACGUGACAACCAGGAAAAGACACCAUUACAUCACGCUGCGAGAAGAGGUCGAGUUCAGAUGGUGGAGCUUUUGUUGAAUGAUGGGAACUCUGACAUCAAUGCUACAGACGAAGAUAAAUUGACCCCUCUUCACGAAUCCAUAAUCCAGAAACACGAUGACACAGCUACACUGUUGAUGAAGAGCGGGGCUGAUGUCAUGAAAACAGAGAUAAAUGGAAUUACACCGUACAUGUUCGCAUCUGCUGUGGAACUAAUAGACGUUAUGAACAUGAUUUGGAAAACAGUGUUUAGACAGCAUGGGGGACCCAACAGUCAGUUGAUGGUCAAUCAGAAGGACAUGUGGGGAAACACAGCUCUACACAUGGCGGUGGACAACCAGUGUCUGAAGUCUAUUAAAGAAAUUGCAAAGCACGGCGGUGAGAUCGACUCAAAAAAUGAAUCAGGACAUACACCUCUUCACAGGGCGGCGAUCUUCGGUGACCUUGAGAUAACAGACACAUUGUUGUCCAGUGGGGCAGCCGUUGAUACCCGGGACAAUGAUUCCUUUACUCCCUUACACAGAGCAUGUCUAUACAACCGCCAUGAAGUAGUCAGUGCAUUUAUGAAGAAUGGCGGAGACAUAAAUAAGAAAACAAAGGAAUUGAUGACACCUCUGAUCAUGGCCUGUUGGAAAGGUCAUCUAGAAACGGUGGAAUUCCUGUUGACCAAUGGUGCUCAAAUCGCAGCAGUGGACAAUCUCAUGAAAAACGCCCUCCACUGGACGGUUGAAAACGCUCAUUUACAGGUUCUUUUGUACCUCCUGAAGAAAUGCGACAGUGUUAUGUUGGAGUCCUUGGAUUUUGCGGAGCAGACGAUCACGCAUUAUGCAGCAAAACUUGGAAACAUAGCGAUUUUACAAGGCCUGAUACAGCAUGACUGCAAGUUGGAUGUUCGUGACAGGGACGGAAGGACUCCUAUUCACAUAGCAGCUGAAAACGAUAACGAGGCUGCAGUAGAGGUUCUGUAUCACUCGAGCAACUCGGAACUGAACGAUGGCGAUUCAGACGGACAGACGCCGCUAUCGCUGGCCGUCAGAGAAGGGCAAUACAAUACGGUCAAACUGCUUUUGUCACUAGGGGCUGACAUCACACACAGGGAUGAGAACCUGUGUACAGCAUUGGCUGUCGCGGCCAGGGAAGGUCAUGUGAAGAUCAUGAAAAUUCUUUUAGUGCACUACGCCGAGAUAAACGCCACUGAUAAAAAUAAGAAUACACCCUUGCAUAUUGCGUCCAAUAAAGGUCACGUGGAUUGUGUUCAGGUCCUAUUGGACAAAAAAGCUGACACAAUGGCCAGAAAUAGCCGUGGGCAAUCUCCGCUGGAUUUAGCCAUAGAAAAUAGACAUUCAGACGUUGCUGUAACAUUUAUGCAAUCAAAAGGAUGGACUGAUAUCAUUGGUUCUCGAGAUGCUAAUGGUAAAAUUCCCGUAGAUUCUAUGAUUCGAAAGUGUCCGGAGGCAUUUCUGAUAGUUAUGGAAAAAUCCAUGCAGACACAGGGGGAUAUUCCAGACAGUGUGGACUUCACCCAGAAAUUCGACUUCCGUUUUAUCGACCCUGGUCCGGAAGACCUCAUGUCAAAAAAUCGAAGAUAUUAUGCAUAUGAGACCAUGGUGAAGUACAACCGGGAGGAGUUACUCACACAUCCACUCGUUCAGCAAUGCUUACUGCUUAAAUGGAAAACAUUUGGUCGACCCGUGUACUACCUGAACGUCACCCUGUUUAUCCUCUACCUCGGGAUGAUCAAUAUUUACGGCAUCUUCAUGCCAAAAAUCUCCACAAAUCUCCUAGACAAUGUCCGUCGGUGUCCAAUUACUCUGAACUCUACCAUGCUGCAAAAUCAGACGGUGGUCGACUAUUAUGUUCAGAAUGGUCAAAUUUCGAACAUCAUAAUAGAGAGUACUGGUCUUACGGUCCUUACAGCUUUCUUGUUUGCUGUGGUGCUCAUGUUUUACAUCAGAGAACUCAUCAGUCUUUACACAAGGAGAUGGCGGUACUUCCUGUUGCCUUUUAACUACGUUGCCUUGACGAUGCUAGUUGGAACCUCCUUUGCCUUGAGCCCUUUUAACUACAUCCCGUGUGAGCACCAGUGGAGGGCUGCAUGGAUCGCUACAUUAUCAGCCUGGAUCUGUCUCAUCUCUAUUCUCAGGGGACUGGACGUGGUCGGAAUAUACUUUGUCAUGUUGGAGCAAGUGUUCAUGUCUUUAUUCAAGAUAUCUCUGGUACUGGUCGUCUUUCUAAUAGCCUUUUCCCAAGCAUUUUAUAUCACCAUGUCACAAACUGCGGGAUUUCAGCCAGGCGAGUUCUUCCCGCUGACUGUGCUUUCUAUGACAAUCGGAGAGAUAAACUUCAUAGACAACUUUAUGAGUGGUAGCAAUGCAGCGUUCUACUACGACAAUCUCAUCUUGUUUUUUCUCUUCGCUCUGAUCAUGCCGAUUUCUCUCAUGAACUUACUGAUUGGGGUUGCUGUUGGUGAUACCGAAGCUGUUAAAAAGAAGGCCUAUAUGACCAGAUUGUCCAUCCAGAUUGACUUCUUGAGCAACACAGAAACAACCUUCCCCAGAUCUCUUCAGAAAAGAUUUUAUAAAAGAAGCCACACCGUUAUGCCAAACAAGAACAUGUAUUCAAAAUUUAAUAGGUUCUAUGAAAAUUUGUUUGGUGAACGGCGAAACAACCAAGCGUUUAUAAGCGAGGAGAAGCCAGACUACGUAACAGAAAACGUAAAAAAGUUACAGGAGGAUGUGCGCAAGACCAAAUUACAACUUGCACAGGCGACAUCACUUCAGAAACAGUCUCUGGAGUUAUUGAAGCAGAUGUGUGAGCAGUUACAUGUCCGUUAUACCCUGGAUAAUGUCUCUCUGGCAGAGUCUCACAGGACGGAAAUCCACAGCAGGAUUGAAUAAAGAAUAAAUGUUGUCUAUUGAUAGCUACCCAUGGCUAAAUUCUAUCUACCGAUGGCGAUUUAGUGACAGUGUAUGAUUGAUCCCUAGUCUGUUAAUAAUUACUUUUAUUGUAUUAAAAUGCUCCACAUUGUUGGUCUUUAGUUUUGUUAGACACUUUUUUUUAUUAAAGAAAAUACAUUGAAUAAUAAACAAUCACUGCAAACAUGUGUUCUUAUUCUUU